AUGUAUUAUGCGCCGCCAGGGCCGCCCCGGUGGGAUGGUCCUCCCCAACAGCCUCCCCCGCAAUGGCAUCCGCCUCAGCCCUACCAGCCCCCGCCAUCGCCAUAUCACCGGCACCCUCAUUCGCCCUAUCCGCCACCACAGGGACCUCCUCCGAGUCCCUACCCUCCUGGUGUCUAUCCCCUUCCGGCUCAUGCCAGACCACCUCCAUCGCCGUACGGCCAUCCGCCCUCGCCGCAACCGCCACCCCCCCAUCAGUAUCUAGGCGCUCCUCGCUAUGAACCACCCCGGACCUCAUCACCCAAUCUGCCGCCGCGCCCGCCCCAGGGCUACCAACAUUUUGGUGCGGGGGCGCCGUCCAACUACCAGUUCCAGUAUUCACUCUGUACGGGCCGCCGUAAGGCUCUGCUAAUUGGCAUCAACUACUAUGGACAGCCUAGUUCGCUGCACGGAUGCAUCAACGACGUCACCAACAUGUCGACUUUCCUUAACCAGCGCUUCGGAUAUCGUCGAGAGGAUAUGGUCAUUCUCACCGACGACCAGCGCAAUCCCAUGAGCAUCCCAACCAAGGCCAACAUUAUCCGUGCCAUGCAGUGGUUGGUCCGGGAUGCACAGCCGCAUGACUCACUCUUUGUCCACUUUUCCGGCCACGGCGGUCGUACGCCAGACCUGGACGGUGACGAAGACGACGGGUACGACGAUGUGAUCUACCCGGUCGACUACCGCGUAGCCGGCCACAUUGUGGACGACGAUAUGCAUGCGAUUAUGGUCCGCCCGUUGCGGCCUGGUGUACGACUAACAGCUAUCUUUGACUCCUGUCACUCCGGCACGGCGUUGGACCUGCCGUACAUCUACUCCACACAGGGAAUACUGAAGGAGCCGAAUCUGGCCAAGGAGGCCGCCCAGGACCUAUUCAGUGUGCUGACCUCGUACGGACAGGGUGAUCUGUCUAGUGUCGCGUCGACGGCCAUUGGUUUUUUCAAGAAAGCCGCCAACGGCGGAUCUGCACGCGAGCGCACUCUCCAGACCAAGACCUCGCCUGCCGAUGUGGUGAUGUUCUCGGGGUCCAAGGACACCCAGACGUCGGCGGAUACGUUUCAGGACGGACAGGCGCGGGGCGCCUUGAGCUGGGCCUUUAUCAAAUCGCUGCAGCAGUGGCCGCAGCAGAGCUACUUACAACUGUUGAACACCAUCCGAUCAGAGCUCGAUGGGAAAUACACCCAGAAGCCGCAGCUCAGCUGCAGCCAUCCCAUUGACACCAACCUGCGCUUUGUGAUGUAA